CCACUAACUCACAUCUCUAUUGCAACGACAAUCUUAUAUAUUGCUUGCUAUCCAUAUACCAACAUGAGUCGCCCUCACGGCCACAGGGCCCCCUACGACAGGCCAGACAUGUACGACGAUCACCCCGACUCAGGCCGCCAACAGGGCUACAGCUACAGCCACAGCCCGGAAGCGCCGCACGGUAACGAUGGUUUAUUGCGGGACUACUACCACGAAGCACUGCUGAUAAUGGAGUUUUGAAAGAUUACGCAAGGCCGACGACAACGAGGCGCCACAGCCCAACAGGCGACGCCCCAUACGAGCGCCGUUCAGAUGCGCCGCGAUCCCCCCGCCGAGAAGGCCGGGUGCGCUACACCGACCGCGAUCGCGAGGGCUACCGGUCGCCGCGACGCGAAUACAGCAGGAGCAGGAGCCGCGAGCCGUAUGGCGGGCCGCCGAGCCGGACGCUCAUCAUGGAUGGGCUGCCGGUGGAGAUGACACAGGAAGACGUUGGCACCCCUCACCCCCCCCGGCCCAAUUCUUCCGUGUUUCACGCCGUGUGUGGCAGCAUGAUGCAUGCCCGGCAAUUAUCAUCACCCUAAGUGUUCGUGAGCGAUUGGACUGGGACGCUGGCUAAGCAUAGGGAAUGGCCUUCUUGGCCUUUUGCGGAUUUUUACAGAUUGCCCAUGAAUUGAAGACGAGCUUUACUGCGGAUGGCCUGGAACAGGUGCGCCUGAUUAGGGAUAAACGAACUGGUCAAUCGAGGCAGUUUGCGUUUGCGAAAUUCGCCACGCUGAGAGAUUCCAAGGUUUUCCUCGAGAUGUACUACCCCUCGAUACAGUUUCGAGGGUCGUACGGUAUGCCUCAGACGGGCGAAGGGUAUGCAGGAGCUGGAUUGGCCUAUAGUCGAGAGAAGGAAGAUAGAGAUCGGCCUGGAAAGGGCGAGGGGGACUGGAUGUGCGAAGUUUGCGGCUUGGCGAAUUACCAGCAAAGAACGCUUUGUUUUAGAUGCCAUGCUCCUCGUAUGAGACCGAGCGCAACUGGUAUAGUUGGAGUAGCCACCCAGGCCAGCGUAUCUGCAUUUUCAGGUGUCACCACCACGGGAGACAGCGAUGUGUCCCCAGAUAAUAAAGCCUCCCAGUUCCUACUCUUCAGAAAUCUUGAGCCAGGCGUCUCUGAGGAGUUGCUCGCCAAAGGUGUGGCGAAGCUGUACCGCGUCAAGGGUUCGACUACCCCGCCAGAAACGCAAGCAAACAAGAAACCCAAGAUGAUGUCCACGUCCACUGAUGCAAACCUUGGGGCGAAGGAAGGCUCUUUAAUGAGGGUAUUUCUUGUGCGAGACAGAAAGACAAACGAGAGCUGGCGAUACGGGUUUGCUGAAUUUGGCUCUGUGGACGACGCGCAGGCCGCAAUGGCGAAGUAUAAUUCGUCAGAUAAGUUCACAAUCUCCUCGAAGCCUGUACUCGCUUCAUAUAUCCAUGCUGGUGUUUUUGUGCCAGUGCUACAGGCCCCAAGUGAAGAGUUUGAAAAGUUCACCUUCAGUCCGUUGUCCAACCCAGCGAUGAAACUCAUGUACUGGGAUGAGGGCGCGUUUGCUAGCGAGAUGGCUGUGGCGCGUGAAGCUUCGGCGGAUGCCAGGGCGAAAGAGAACCCCAACGCGAAGCUGGCGGCAGCAGCAGCUGGCGAAGGCCUGGUUGAUGCGGCAAAGGCCGGAGCAUCAAAAAAGCGGAAGGCAGAAAAAGAAGACACUGCGGCUACCAAAAAAAUCAUCGCGCCCCAUCUGAAAUUUUGGUCAAACCAGCACGCAGAAUUACAUGGGCUACCUGCAAACAGUGCCGAGGGCCCUGGGGAUAGCAAUGCCAAGGAAGCCCAGCAGAACGAUGCCGAUGCACCACCCACCCAAACCUUCGCCGACCCAAUCCGGAAGUGCUGCCUCCUCUGCUCGCGCCAAUUCAAGACGGACGCCGAAGUUAACAAGCACGAGCGCCUCAGCCAGCUGCAUCGCGAUAACAUGCUCAAAGAAGAUUUGGUCGAGAAAGCCCUGACGAAACUGGGCAAGCUCAAUGACGCCGCCUACCGCGACCGCGCUCAGGAACGCCGGAAGGCCUUCAACCAACCCAAGCAGCCCUCAUCACAGCAUAAGAAAGGAAAAGACACUACUGCACCCGUAGCAGAGGAGCCGUUGAAACCAGUGCAGUCGAAGGGCGCAGCUCUGUUGGGCAAGAUGGGGUGGACAGCUGGGGAGGGGCUAGGGGCGCAGGGGACGGGAAGGACGGAGGCGAUUGAGACACACCUUUAUGCGCAGGGUGUGGGGUUGGGAGCGCAGGGCGGGAAGGUGGGAGAUGCGGUUGAGGAGGCGAAUCGGGCAACGGGGGGGUCGUAUGCGGAUUUUGUGAGUCGGGCGAAGGAUAAGGCCAAGGAAAGGUUUGAGCAGAUGAGCUGAGCGGGCUUGGGUAUGUGUUCUGGGUGGAGUUUUAGGGGGGACUGGGUCCGUUUGGUGCUCGGUUUGGGAUGGCGUUCAUAGAGUCAUGCUGGGUACAUUGACUGUGCGUAUCUAGAGCAAUGGACUUCUUUCUUCUGAAUUGCUUCUAUAAUAACAUAGGAACGUGCUAUCUACUCGCGACACCACCUGCUAUUAGGGAUAGCAAGCAAAAAAAUGGC